CUCAAAAUUGUACACGAAGACGAACACAUUAUUGUCGUGGAUAAACCCUCCGGCGUACUCACCGUCCCCUCCGACAAGAAUGUUCCGUCCCUGGCACAAGCUGUCUUUGAUCACUGUCAACCCACGGAAGUCACUCUUGAUCAAAUGGUCGUACACCGCCUCGGUAUGGACACUUCCGGUCUCAUUGUCUUGGCCAAAACCAUGGACACGGUACGUCAAAUGAACGCACUCUUCCGCACCCGCAAAAUUACCCGACAGUACGAAGCACUCGUCGUCGGACACUUGCCCCAACACGGUGGUUUGAUAUCCCUGCCGCUCAUGCGUGAUUACGAGCAUCCUCCCUACAUGCGUAAGCUUCUGGAAAUGCCGAAGGAAAGUCUCACAAAGUAUGAGGUCGUCAACCGAGAGGACAUGGACGGGACCCCGGUUUCUCGCGUUGCUCUUACCAGUAUUUCGGGCAGAACCCAUCAACUAAACGUCCACUUGGCUGCGUUUGGACACCCCAUCGUAGGUGACUCGGUGUAC